AUGCUGCCGGAAGCCCUUUGCGUGGACAGCAGGUUACUGGUAACCUUGCUGCUUGUGAUGAUCGUCCACUGGCGAGUGAAUCCGACAAUCAAUUCGGACAUGAAAUUCAUCGCGCAGUGGCUCCAGCAAGCCUUCGCUCCAACUCGGACGGACAAGGCCAACGAGGACAACUCGCGGAAUGCUCGUGUCAGCGAGUCAAUGCGAGAGGUGCGUGUGAAAACCUACGUGACGUCAUCGAGAAUAUUUGUUCAUACAAUGGUGCCAAUCCUGCUCUUCAUCUUGUCCGACCUGCUGAGAAACCCUAGUUCGACGGGCUGGGCCCAAAUGGGAUUCCUGCUACUUGGCUACUCCAUGCACUGGUCAGUCGCCAGCGGCGCCCUUUGCCCGAUGCCCCAUCAGAUGAGAGGGGUGUGCGCUGGCUGGUACGCGCUGAUGGUGGCAUUCGCGCUGCUUGCUCCUUGCCACCCAGGAAGAGAUGCUCUUUUCUUUCUAGGCUUCAAGAUCGGCAGUAGAUUGACGAUGACAGCCGUAUUCCUGGACAGCAAGAUGUCCUUCGUCUUCCAAGCUCUGAUUUCUGUGGCUUCUCUGGUUUCGGACCUGGUCAUUCACAACACUGGCCAAGAAGCCUUCAUGCUGUUGGCCAUGGAGGUUCAGCACUUCGUCGGGGCCAUGACGCUGUCUGCAACCCUGGAGUUUCUUAUCCGUUCCCGCAUACACGCACUACUGGACGUUGCAGAUGCCGAGACUCUUGUUUCCAGUUUCCAGCAUGUCCUUCGCGGGAUCUGCGAUGGAGAUAUCCUGCUGACCAGCAAUAUGACGAUUCACGGCCCUGGCGAGUGCCUCCAACACCUGCUGAUGAACAGAGCGAAUCUCGAUGGCAAAGCUUUUGAGAUGCUGUUGCCACCGGAUGAGCGACAGCGCUUCGCCGACUUCAUCAACACGUCCACCAAAUGUGCCCUGGAGCCGGCACAUGGUGCUCGAAUGACUCCGCCCACUUGCCUUAGGGUUUCUUUGUGUGGUGCUUCUAACACGCGCGUGCCAGCGGACAUCUUUCACGUCCCGGUGCCACAUCUCUUUGGUGCUGACCAUCCAUACCACCUGCUGGCAAUAAGUGUGGACUCCGAGUCCCGAAAUCCGCCUGCCCUUACACAGGACAUCCCAGACAUGGCUAAGAUUCUAGAACGAUCAGAGAGGCAACGGUCCAGAACGGCGACUUCUUCUGGAACUUCCACUGCAAGCUCUGUCUGGGAGCCACUACCAGAGCUAGCCGGGAUGAUGUUGCUGGUGGACGGCUCCAGCCCUUUUCUGGACAUCGAGCAAGCCCAUCUCAGCUUCGAGCGGCGGGUUGGCGAUGAUGAACGGGAGUCGAGUAAGAUGCCCAGUCUCCGGAAAGUUUGUCGGCGCACAGACUGGGAGUCCAUCAGGAACAAGAUCGACAGAUUCGUUUCCGGUGAGGGUGCUGCUCAAGAAUUGAGGAGCAUCUGCCUGAGAAUGCCAGAUGACCGCCGAAGAUUUCUCAAGGCCAAAUGUGUGCAAAUGUCGGCAUUCGAAUCACGCCAUGAAGAGGACUCGCAGGAUCAGAGCAUCACCGUGCCGAUGAAGAUUUGCCUCCAGCUCAGCCAUUUCGUUCAAGACGAAUCCCGGCUACGGAAGCAAUCUGAACUUGCCGGCAUCCGAGAGUUGCAUGGGAGGCGGCCAGCCUCCGUGGUGUGA